CCAAAUUGAAUGAAGAUAAAACUCAGAACAUGGUAGAAUGUAAAUUGAAUGUAGUAAAAACACGUACAUCAUCUGUAACUAAGGAGAAACAAUCACAUAGAGAUAAUGAUCACCAUGAUGAUGAUAAUGAUACUUCGGAUGGGAAAGUACAAUUGAAUCAUAAAAUUGAUUCAGAAUUUAUGAAAUCAAUGAAAAAUGUGAAUGAAAAUCAAACUCAUCUAAAAAAAUCUUUAGAAGAAUCAAAAGGUCUUACUAAAUCGCAAUUUUUCUCUGAACUCAAUUUAACUUCAUUGAAUAAUGAUAAUGAUAAUGUUGAUGAUGGCGACUUGAAUUGUUCUACACAUUUUCCACGAUUUAUUAUCGCUGAUCAAUAUAUGAAAGAUCCGACCAAUUCAUCAACUGAUGUUGAAGAAACUAGUUUCAAUGAUAAUCUUACAAAAGAUUGGUCAAAUGAAAGUUUUGAUAAGAUACAGUCAUUACGUAAUGGCAUUACUACUAGUAAUACUACUGCUACCACCACCACUACUACUACUACUACUACUACUACUACUACUACUACUAGCAAUAGUAAUAGUAAUAUUAAGGAUAUUAAUAGUGAUUCUAAAACAGAUCAGAAUAGUUUGAUUAGAAAACCAUUCAAUACUAGUGAUAAACUACUUAAACAAAAAUCAACUAUUACUAUCAUAAGAAAUGAAUUAGAUAAAUCUAAUAUGAAACCAUAUAUUGUAAAUAGACCAUGUUUCCCGAAUACUACUACUCCUACUGCUACCACUACUCCUACAAGUAGUAGUAGUAGUACUACUUAUUACAUUAAUAGUAGACAUUAUAAUUCUAUACAACAUCAGAACCCAAUAGAGAAUAGAUUACAUAAUAAUCAAAAUUUAUCCAAAUCAUUAAAUUCAUUAAACAUAAAUUGUAAACAAUCAAUUGAUAGAAAGAAUUCAAGACCAGUUGAAAGGAUUUCAGUUUUGCCUAUCAUCAAUGAUACUACUACUAAUAAUAAUAGUAGUAAAAGUAAUAAUAAUAAAUUUACUAGGAAUAGUUAUACUACUCAUAAUCAUCGAAUACAAUCAAUAAAAAGUCAUCAUGUAACAGAAAGAAAAUCUACAAUGCAACAAUUGAAAUCAUCACCGUUACAUCAUGAUAAUCAUCAUCAUCAUCAUCAGAGUAGAAAUCACCAAAAUCAAAGUAGAAGUAAAUCAGCUAAUAUGUUUAAUCGUAAAUUAUCAUCUACAUCUACAUCAGCGUCAGCAGCUGCAGCAACAGCAGUAGCAUCGUCGUCGUCGUCAUCAUCAUCAUGUAAACAAGUCAAUCAUCAAUUAAUCAAUAAACCAGUACAAAUUGUAUAUACAUCAGGAGAGAAUAAAAGACAUCCAGAUGAUUAUGUAAUAGAUGAUCAUUUAUAUCAAUCGAAUCAUUCUAAACAAAUUAAUCCAUUCAUUUCUAUAAAUAGUAAAUUGAGACAUGGCUCAUUAAUACCUAUAUCAACAAGAUCUUAUUCAAGUUCUCGCAUUCCAUUGAAACAAUAUUAAUUGAUUAUUAUUAUGAUGAUGAUUGAAAGUGCCUCAUUUUGUUUGUUUUUGAUUAAGAUCAUGAAUCAAUUGAUGUUAGAUCAUUAUUGAAAACCUGGAACCAUUGGAUAGCCAUUCUGGACUGAUCAGAUGACGAAGAACUGGUCAUUCAGUGCUUUCAGGCUUACAAUAGUGAUCAAUUGAUCAAUUGAUUGAUGAUCUUAAUCAAUCCCUAUAAUUUUUGUUGUUGCUAUGCCUACGUAAUCUCUUUUCAUAUUGGAGAUUAUUUUCUUCUCUUCUUUUUUGAUAAAGGAGAACUAAAACACUUUUUUUCAAAUUACAUCAUUCAUUUAUUAUCAAGCAUUCUGUGGUCAGAUUUGAAGUCUUUCAUUGAAAAGAAAAGCAAAACUAAUUUGAAAUUCAUCAUCUUUUUAUCAUCAUGUCCAUUCUCUUUUUUAUUAUCAUGAUGAUACUACUAUUAAACAGUUUAAGUAGUAUCUUUAAUUAAUGCCGUUUUUCGAGAGAAAAACUCGUUUGUAGUGCUUUAAUCAAUCACAUUACAAUGACUCAUAAUGAUUACCAUCUAGUAAACUAUACUAGAAUGAUAAGAGUUAGUUAUAUUGGUUGCACACAUCUUCUAUACAAUCUAUAUAUAGUUACACAUACACACAAUGCAAUAUGAAUCAAUUGUAAUCUGAUUAAUGAGUCAAGACAUAUGAAUUCAAUGAUAGAUUGUUUAGUAGUUGGAUUGAUGACUUGAUUGAAACUAGACCAUCUGGAAGUACUAGAUAGUCAUUUCAUUCUAGUAUGGUAUUCCUCAACAGGAUGAAAUAACCAUCUGUUACUUUCAUGUUUUUCAUGAUAGUCUAACUUCAAUUGACUUAUCCAUUCACUUAGUAAAAUUACUAAUAAUAUCCACACACAAAUAAAUCCGUCUCGGAUCGAUUUUUUACUUCCCAUGUUUGUUUCUAUGACAACGAAUGGUCAAUUAUUUAAUUUGAAGUAUAAUCACACUUUCUUUGUUGUUGUUGUUGUUGUCGUCUUUUAUCUCACUCAUUUUCUCCCUUUUUUUCUUUUUUUUACAAGAUUGUUAUCGAUUAUUUCAAUGGUUCUCCUUUAUUUUUUUGUUUUUUUCUCGUUCUAAUUGUUUAUCAUCUUGAAUUUCUAUUGGUUAGUGUUUUUAUUUCUUUUAUAAGAUCUCAUUCUAUUCUGUGCUGUACUGUACUGUACUGUUUAUGUUUUGUUUUAUUUUAUUUUUCAUUUUAUAAGUAAAACAUUAGUAUAGAUGAUAUUGUUGAUGAUUCAUUUGUGAAUAGAGUUGAAGGAUGAUGAUAACGUUCUGAAUGAUUAGUUCCAUUUUGAAUACAGUGGUCUUGAGUGCUGUUAUAGAUAUGAGGGCGGCUAUCACUUCACGGUUGCCCAAACCGUGGAAGCGUUCUUCUGGAGGUACCUGAAAGAGAAAUUGGAUUAGGCGUGGUCUUAGUGACCUGAGAGCGUGACCACAAUGCCUAAGGAAGAACUGCUUGAAGUCAGUCACACACGACUUUUGUGUGAGUAGUUUUCGCGUUAGCUCCAUACUUGUUGAGAACUUUCCACUAGAGAUAAAUAUCCGUGGGAUAAGGUGAGGUGUGCAUUUUCAGGAUGGACCAAUUCUAACCCCACCCCUACUUGUGGGAAGGCAGCAUCGCUGUGAUGAUGGUUUAUGUAUUUAUUUACUUUAAGACAUAGAUAUUGGCACAAGGAGGCACUAAAUAGAUAUCCGCCACACAAUUCUCAUUUGAUAUGUAUGAGGGCUGUGAUACUACCCGGGUGCCCAAACCGAAGCAGGUGGUUAUCUUAGGGGCCACUCCCCGAGCCUUCGACCUGAAGGUCUGGUCCACAAGUCAGUGAAGCACCGUAAGGCCACGAG